AUGGUCUCAACUCGCAACCAACGCAAAGCUUCUGGAGAAGAACUUUUAGGUCCUUUGCUCGUACACCGAAAGCCAAGGUCCAAGAGAGACAAUAUGACUGGAGAAAACAAACAGGAUACAUCUAGUGAUGGCGAUCGCAUCACUAAACUUGAGCAACAAGUUGAAAACUUGUCUGCAUCAAUCCUUAAACUCGUGGAGAGUUUGAAGACUGGAAAAUCUUCACGUCCAUCAACUUCAUCUGAGCCUGAUCAAAAGCUCAAGAAAAAGGUUGUUGAGGAUAGCGAAGAUGAAGACGACAUACAAGCUGAUCCAACGAAAAAAGGAAGCUGA